AUGGCCCAAACAAGCCAGCGAAGGAAGCGCCAGGCAGAAGAAGUUGAAGAGGAAUACCAAGAACCACCUUUAAAAAGAAGUCGCGCGGAGGAUAUUGCCUACUUCCAGUGGCUAUGGACACCACCUCGCCCGUCAUCACGGAAAACCUCCUCAUCGGGUCUAUGGAGCCACUCUGUCCCAGAUGGCCUAUUCCUUACCCGUCAUGACGCGCCCCGUUCCUUUUCUUUACCCCCGGAAUCCACAUCAAGACGGCCUCGUCGCCGGGGCGCCAUCUCUGUGACAUCUUCGUCACCCAGCGAGAUGGAUCGAUACCUCGCGCGGCAACUACAGCAGCAGAUCGCCGUCCUCCGACGCAAGGCAGCCGAGGGCCAGCAUCAAGUACAAGACGAGGAUCGCUGUGAAGAUGACGGCGAUGAUGAUAACAAUGCCCACAACGAAAGGGACAUUGAUCGCCUACAACGUGAACUAGAGGCCGUGCAGAUCGACGCUUCCCUACCGUCUAUCCUGGGCAUCGCGAUAGACUUUGAUCAAAAGCUUUGCCUCAGUUCCUCCGGUCGUUCAUCAGAUUCCACCUCUGGGCAUCGAGAGUUGCAUAGAAACCGGUUCGCCCACGGGCGCGGAUGCCGCAACCUCCUCAUCCUCUCCACUAUCCUCCUCUCCCACGUGCUGCCGGCUCUGGGCAUCGAAUAA